AUGCAAGCGUGGCUGCAGGGAAUGGGUUUGGGCGGAAUGCCGAAUAUGAUGGGCAGAUAUGAUCAGAGUUUUGCUGUGAGUUUUUUUUUGCGGGAAAAUGGGGGGUUUUGAGCAAGUUAUGGGUUCUAAGCUUGAAAAAUAGCUGGAAAAUUGUGAUUUUCAGCGAUUUCUAGCCCGGGAGAUGGGAGUUUUGGCUGAAAAACCAGGAAAAUAUCGAUUUUCAGUGGUUUUCGAGAAAAAUUGGUUGUUAAAGCUAAUUAGCAAGGUCCUGGGCUAGAAAUAGCUGAAAAUUAUUAUUUUUCAGCUUUGGAAGCUGGAAAAUUGAGAUUUGCAGCUAGGGAGACUGGAAAUUUGGCUGAAAAUCGAUUAUGUCAUGAAAAAUUGGGGUUUUCAGCAAAUUUUCAGGCUCUGAGGCUAAAAAUAGCUGAAAAUUAUAAUUUUUCAGCGUUGGGAGCUGGAAACUUGUGAUUUUCAGCUAUUUUUAGCCCGGGAGACUGGAAUUUUGGCUGAAAUUCAUUCUUUCUAGCUUUAGGAGCUAAAAAAUCAUGAAUUUCAGAUAAUUUACAAAGUUCUUGGCUGAAAAUCAUUAUUUUCUAGCUCAAAAAUGUGAAAAAUCAUGCAUUUGAGCUCGCGGGCACAAAAAACGCUGAAAUUUAUGAUUUUCUAUCCCCGGGAGCUUGAAAAUCAUGAAUUUUCAGUCCUAGAGCUUGAAAAUCAUCUGAAAUUCCUGAUUUUCGAGCUCCCCGAGCUAGAAAUUCUCAUUUUUACCACCCAGUGCUCAAAACCUGCAAAAACUCCAAUUUUCCUUACAGUGUUAUGGUGCAAUCUUCAUGCCCAACGCAACCGACGAAAAAACGACAGAAAUCGAUUACGGCGGCAAAAUUCUGUUGCCGACAAGUGCUCUCGAUAUGUUGCUUCGAAUGAACAUCCAAUAUCCGAUGCUCUUCAAAAUCACCAAUCCGAAUCCCAGUCUUCAAAGGUGCACACAUGCUGGAGUUUUGGAAUUUUCAGGUAAAGCUUGAAUUUGAAUAUUAUGACGUGGCUGUCAUGUUCCUUUAAAUUUUCCAUAUGUAAACGUGGAUUUAAAGGUGCAUGAUAUGGAGAUUGCCACGUCAUAAGAUCAGCUGAAGUGUACUAAUAUGAAUUAUGACGUGGCAACUAUCAUGUUCCUUUAAAUUUUCCAUAUGUAAACGUGGAUUUAAAGGCGCAUGAUGUGUAGAUUGCCACGUCAUAGCUAAAGUCAUAGAAUGAGCUAUGACGUGGCAAAUUUUCUACCUAUCAUGCUUUGUAUAAAAUAUAAUAUAGCCUGAUAGAAGUUUUGCCACGUCAUAACCAUCAAAUUUCUGCAGCACCCGAAGGUCAAGCAAUAAUUCCACAAUGGAUGAUGGCACAACUCGGACUACAAGACGGACAACGCGUUCGAAUCGAGAGUGCCACGUUGCCGAAAGCCACGUUUGCCAAGUUGAAACCGAUGUCGCUGGAUUUUUUGAAUAUCACUAAUCCGAAGUGAGGCUGGAAUUUGACUAUAGUCUAGUUUAUGAGCUUUCUGGGGUCAAAUUGAACCUAAAUCUAGAUUUCUAACAUAAUUUUGAGCCCAAAUUCCAGCGCUAAUAUGAGCAAUUGAUUUUCAGAGCUGUUCUUGAAGUGGAAUUGAGAAAAUAUGCGUGUUUGACGAAAGGCGAUAAAAUUCCGACUUCGGUGAGUUUUUUCCGGGGAAACUUUGAUGACCCUACAAUACUCCGCAUUUACAGUACGCCGGUCAAACGCUCGAAUUCCUCGUCGUCGACGUCAAACCAUCCAACUCGGUUUGCAUCAUCGAAUGUGACGUGAACCUCGAUUUCGACGCUCCCGAAGGCUACGUCGACAAUUAUCAGCCGAAAGCCGCCGCAACUGCGCAAGCUGCCGGCCAAGUGGCUGCGCAAGCCGCUGUCGCACCCAAAAAACCGCCGGCGCCAACCGCGUUCUUCAGCGGGGCUGGACAGAGUUUGGGAGGAGGCGGAGGCGGAAGAACUGUGUCCGGUGGAUUUGCGGGGUCCGGAAAACGGCUUGAUGGAAAAACCGGUGGAAGUUCGUCGAAAUUGAACUCGGUUUCGAUAAAUGAAGAAGUUGCCAAAGAUUUGCCGGCUGUUACGCCGGUUGUUGUAAAUGAGGAUUAUAAAGCGGGUAAGCGUUUUGGGACGGGAAUUUGGUGAAAAUUUUGGGAAAAUCCAGUUAAAAAUCCUGAAAAUUUUACGUUUCAUCACAUUUUUAUAAUGAAAAAUUGGAAAUUUCUUUUCUUUAAAAAAUCCACGUGGAAAAUAUCUGAAAAUUCGAAUUAGAAAUUGAAAGUUUAAAAAUAGGGCUCAUGAGGAAUUGAACCCCUGACCUUUUGACUCGAAAAUCUCAUCUAGAAUUAGAUUUUUUUGACCAGAAAAAUCGAUUUUUUCAAAAUUCAAAAUUAGGGCCCAUGGGGAAUUGAACCCCUGACCUUCUGACUAGAAAUUUCAGCUAGAACUUGAUUUUUUAGACCAGAAAAAUUGAAUUUUUUUCAAAGUUCAGAAUUAGGGCUCAUGGGGAAUCGAACCCUUGACCUUUUGACUCGAAAUUCUCAUCUAGGGUUAGAUUUUUUUGACCAGAAAAAUCGAUUUUUUCAAAAUUCAAAAUUAGGGCCCAUGGGGAAUUGAACCCCUGACCUUCUGACUAGAAAUUUCAGCUAGAACUUGAUUUUUUAGACCAGAAAAAUUGAAUUUUUUCAAAGUUCAGAAUUAGGGCUCAUGGGGAAUCGAACCCUUGACCUUUUGACUCGAAAUUCUCAUCUAGGGUUAGAUUUUUUUGACCAGAAAAAUCGAUUUUUUCAAAAUUCAAAAUUAGGGCCCAUGGGGAAGCGAACCCCCGACCUUCUGACUCGAAAUUUCAGCUAAAAUUUGAAUUUUCUAAGUUUUUAAGUCUGAAAAUCCUAUUUUUGACCAGAAAAAUCGAUUUUUUCAAAAUUCAAAAUUAGUGCUCAUGGGGAAUUGAACCCCUGACCUCUUAACUCGAAAUUUUGGCUAGAUUUAGAUUUUCUAGGGUUUGAAGUUUCUAAAAUCCUAUUUUGACCAGAAAAACUUCUGAAGUUUCAGAUUUUUCAAAAUUCAAAAUUAGGGCUCAUGGGGAAUUGAACCCCUGACCUUCUGACUCGAAAUUUCAGCUAGAAUUUGAAUUUUCUAAGUUUUGAAGUCUGAAAAUCCUAUUUUUGGCAAGAAAAAUUGAAUUUUUCGAAAAUUGCAUCUAGAAUUUGAUUUUCUAGGUUUUGAAGUCUCUAAAAUCCUAUUUUUGACAAAAAAAAAUCGAUUUUUUCAAAAUUCCAAAUUAGGGCCCAUGGGGAAUUGAACCCUCGGCCUUCUGACUAGAAAUUUCGAAUUUCUAGGCCGUCUCUCCUUCGUCCGCUACGACUACAAACGUCUCGACGUGUUGGAGAAGGAGUUGCGCGAAAAAAACGCGGCUUCCGGAUCGAAAUCCGCGAACGCGUUCCAAGGCGGAAGCCGCACGUUGAGAAGCGCAAGAUGA